ACUAUGGGACAGCAACAGUGAAAAGACAGCACUCAUUAUAUUCUUAUUCUGUCAGGUCGGAAACUUCUCCAUCAACAUCACUCUACGCAACCUCAAAUGUCCAGGUUCGAAGGUCAAGAAGAUCCCACACCCAACUAAGAAUCCAUUCACCUGGAUCUUCGCGUUGGUGUCUUGUCCCAACUAUACAUACGAGCUGGGGUCAUGGAUGGGUUUCACAGUGAUGACCCAGUGCUUGCCGGUGGCUUUCUUCACCAUCGUGGGCUUUGUCCUGAUGACGGUGUGGGCCAGGGGGAAAGCACCGAAACUACCACAAGGAGUUCCGUGACUACCCCACCCUGCGCUCCCCUAUACUGCCCUUCAUCCUUUAGUCAGAGAGGGGCUGGUCCCACACAUAACUUCACCCCUUUCAGCCCCACUGCAGUAUACAGCUGGUGCUUCUGACUGGGUAGGUUGGAAGGAGUUGUUGGAAUAGUUUAACUACACUGUGACUGGUUUUGGGGAGUUGAAAACCCCCUUUUGAUGACUUAAAUGCAGAUGAGUCUUAAUCUGAUGUAAUGUGUACUACCGGUAUCUACUGUACAUGUCAAUGUGUGGAGGCACAAAUGAAUGGAAAGAAAUACACUUGUUUUACUAAAGUGGUGACGAAACUGUUCCGUUUGGUUUUGUAUUAUUUGUUGCUUGUCGUUUGAGGCCAGAUUUAACAUGUCAUUGUUUCAAGUAAGUUGAAUCUAGCAGCCUUACCGCUUAUUAUAUACAAAGAGAUAAUAAAUAUCACACUACAAGAGUGGAAAAGACAAUAACUUCAUUCCCCCCCCCUGGAAACAGGGCCAACAUAGCAAUUAAAAGUGUGACAUCAAACACGUAACAGAUGGAAAUAUGGAAUGUGACGUUGUUUCAAAAGCAGAAGCCACAAGGCAAAAUUAAGAGACCUCAUUGUAAUCCUCUCAGAUAACAACAAAUAACAACAAUGUUGAAUUUGAUGUCUACCAUGUCGUGGGGAAUUGUGUUGCUGUGUUGAGGUUGUAAACAAAGAAAACGUAUUAGUGCUACAAUGACACUUCCUAAAGUUAUGAAGUACAUUUUUUGGUUGGUUAAUUUUCCCUCAAAAAAAGAAAUAACAGAAUUCAGUUGUUUCUCUCUCCUCAAGCUGAAGCAGGCAGAAACAUUGGGGCCUUGAGCUACGUUGGUUCUGGUCUGCCAGCCCAUUUCAACUAGAAUUCUGCUUCAAACUGUUUUAAUUUUGUAGAUGAAAUCUAGGUUCAUCUACAGUAGAUUAAAUUAAUCUAAAAUGUUUAGAGAUUACGUGAACAAAUGAAGGGAAGAGGAAUACAAUUAACCUAUUAUGUUGUAGUACCUGCUAAACUAUUUGGAAAUGUUAGUGAAACAGAUAACAACAGUAAUAAAACCUAGGUCAGUACUGGUGAAGCCAUGACAACAUCUGGAGACUCGGCUCCAUUUCCUUUGCUGGUAUAAUGAGAGAUUGACAACAUCACUGACCUUUGAUGAAUCAACAAAUUCAAACUGUACAUUCUCAAAUGAAAUCAGUUCACAUUGUCAUCAUAAAAGAAAAACAGCGUUGAGUUUCUAGAUAAAUGGAGGGUACCAUAUGACAUGUCUUUAAAAAAAAUACUGUCUGAGUAAACAAUAAAGAAAUGCUAGAACCAUAUUUGCUGGAACAGA